CUCUCCCCUGCCUGGCGGCGUCUCGUGGGAACCACAGAUCACCAUGUCUCUCCUCGCGUCAUCCGUCUCCAUCCUUUACUUCCUGGUCCUCUUCCAUCAGCAGCUGCCUCCCUGUCAGCCCGUGUCCUUGUACAGCGACCCCAGCAGUGACCCCUACCUGAGAGCAGUCUCACCCUCAGUCUUCCCCACUUCUCCCCCGUCCUCCACGCCAGAUGCCAACAUCUCUUCUCCUGGCAAAAAGAAAUGUGAAGAUGUGACCGUGUGCAGACCAGGGAUUCUCCUGCCCGUGUGGAAGCCGACUGAGCCUGGGCUCGGUGCCAAGAUAGCACGGGCCGUGAUCUACUUUGUGUCACUCAUGUACAUGUUCCUGGGAGUGUCCAUCAUCGCUGAUCGCUUCAUGGCAUCUAUAGAGGUUAUCACCUCACAGGAAAAGGAAGUGACCAUAACCAUGCCCAAUGGGGAAACAUCAGUGGCCACAGUUCGAAUCUGGAAUGAAACAGUAUCCAACCUGACACUCAUGGCUCUGGGCUCCAGCGCUCCAGAGAUACUGUUGUCUGUGAUAGAGGUGUGUGGUCAUGGCUUUGAGGGUGGUGAACUGGGCCCAGGAACCAUCGUUGGCAGCGCGGCCUUCAACAUGUUUGUGAUCAUUGGCAUCUGUGUGUGGGUGAUCCCCAACAACGAGUCACGCAAGAUCAAACACCUGAGGGUGUUCUUCAUCACAUCCUUCUGGAGCAUCUUUGCGUACAUCUGGCUUUACCUCAUCCUGUCUGUCAUUUCUCCAGGUAUCGUGGAGGUAUGGGAGGCUCUGGUGACUCUACUCUUCUUCCCUGUGUGUGUUAUUCUUGCCUGGGUCGCCGAUCGCCGCCUGCUCUUCUACAAGUACAUGGGCAAGCGUUACCGUGCCGACAAGCGCCAUGGCAUUGUAGUAGAGACAGAGGGAGACUUGACACCCAACAAGGGCGGCAUGGAGAUGAUCACGGACGGCAAGUUCCCACCAAGAGGGGGCGCAGUGGUUCCUGUGGAAAACUGUGGAGGGGCCCAGGAUGGUACAGCAGGCGCAGCAGCUAACAGUGUUGGUACAGCAGCAGGGACCACGGCAGCGGGAGCCAACAUGCCAAACUCCAACAGCAUGAUGGUGAAUGUGGAGAGCAACAAGGAGCUGGACGAGAGCCGUAAAGAGGUGAUUCGAAUUCUGAAGGAACUGAAGCAGAAAUACCCCGACAAAGAGCUGGACCAGCUGGUGGAGUUGGCCAACUACUACGCACUGCUGCACCAACAGAAGAGUCGAGCCUUUUACCGCAUUCAGGCAACACGUAUGAUGAUUGGAGCCGGUAACAUUCUAAAGAAGCACGCAGCUGACAACGCACGCCGCACAGCCGUACCUGAUGAGGAAGAACCGGAGGACGACGACCUGGCCGUGUGCAGUCGUAUCUCAUUUGAAAGUGCCCAUAGUCAGUGCAUGGAGAACUGUGGAGUCCUGACGCUGGCUGUAGUCUGCCAAGGUGGUUUAGGAGAGAACACGUUCUAUGUGGACUACAGGACAGAAGAUGGUUCUGCUAAUGCCGGCUCAGAUUAUGAGUACAGCGAAGGAACGCUGGUGUUCAAACCAGGAGACACUCGUAAAGAGAUCAAGGUGGGAAUCAUCGAUGACGACAUCUUUGAAGAGGAUGAACACUUCUUUGUUCGUCUCCUAAAUCUGCGUGUUGGAGAUGCCGAAGGAAUGUUUGAGAGCGAUGAAGCCGGUGCUAUCCCCAAAGCCCGCUUGCUGGAGCCCCUGGUGGCCACAGUGACCAUUCUGGAUGACGACCAUGCUGGCAUCUUCACCUUCAGUGACCGUAUGUUCCGUGUGAGCGAGAGCGUGGGCACCAUGGAGGUUACAGUCUCCCGCAACUCAGGUGCCCGUGGCACCGUGAUCCUUCCAUACCACACUGAGUCUGGCACAGCCAAGGCUGGUGAGGACUACGAGGAAAGUCGGGGAGAGCUGGAGUUCACAAACGACCAGACCACUCAGACUCUUCAGGUGAGGAUAAUUGAUGAUGAAGAGUAUGAGAAACAUGAAAACUUUUUUAUCGUGCUGGAGGAGCCACGCUGGCUGAAGAGAGGAAUCUCAGCUCUGCUGCUCAAUCAAGAGGGGGUGGAAGGUCAAAUGAGUGCUGAGGAGGAAGAGGCCCGCAGGAUAGCUGAAAUGGGAAAACCCAUUCUGGGGGAACACAGUCGCCUGGAAGUGGUGAUCGAGGAGUCAUAUGAGUUCAAGAGCACGGUCGACAAGCUCAUCAAAAAGACCAACUUGGCGCUGGUGAUCGGCACUCACUCGUGGAGGGAGCAGUUUGUGGAGGCUGCUACUGUCAGUGCAGGUGAUGGUGACGAUGAUGAGGAAGGUCGUGAGGAGCAUCUUCCCUCUUGUUACGACUACGUCAUGCAUUUCCUCACUGUCUUCUGGAAGGUCCUUUUUGCCUGUGUCCCGCCCACAGAGUACUGGAAUGGCUGGGCCUGUUUCUUAGUCUCCAUCAGUGUCAUCGGCUUCCUCACCGCCAUCAUCGGGGAUUUGGCCUCACAUUUCGGCUGCACAGUUGGACUACGUGACAGUGUGACUGCUGUCGUGUUUGUAGCUUUGGGAACGUCCAUUCCAGACACUUUUGCGAGCAAAGUGGCAGCAACGCAGGAUCAGCACGCCGAUGCAUCUGUUGGAAAUGUCACUGGGAGCAAUGCCGUCAACGUAUUCCUGGGGAUCGGUGUGGCCUGGUCCGUAGCUGCCGUGUACUGGAAAAUCAUGGGCAAGCCGUUCAGGGUGGAUCCAGGGUCUCUGGCUUUCUCGGUCACACUCUUCACUAUCUUCGCAUUUAUCUCUGUGGCCGUGCUCAUGUUCAGACGUCGGCCGUCCAUUGGCGGGGAGCUUGGUGGUCCAAGAGUAUCCCGCCUCCUGACCACCUUGCUGUUCCUGGGCCUGUGGUUUCUCUACAUCUUGUUUUCCAGCCUGGAGGCCUAUUGUCACAUUAGCGGCUUUUAAAGGAAAUGGUGACAAAUCCUGGAAGAUUAUUGCACAACAGCACACACACACAUAGUUUACACUCAGUCUACACAGUCCACGGUUUAACAUGAAACAAGUGUACGGUUCUUCUGCUUGAUAGGGCGGACUGCAGCCUAGAGGGGUCCUGCCCUUUGACGCAAUGAUAAGGACAAACUUAAGAUAUAUGUUCAAAUACAAAUUAUAUAUGUACAAGUGAAGGAACAUUAUAAAAAACGCACACACGACGAAGGGCAGAAAAAAUGCAAAAGAAUGUGUUUGUAAAGCGCUGGAAAGGUGAAGAGUAGAGAAGCAUUUGGACGAGGAACUAAGAUGGAGAUUUUGAAUUUGUAGAAGACAGGCUCAGCCUCUGCAGUGACGUGGCUUUAGUGUGUGUCAGAGCGAUGGUAUAGAGGAACAGGCCUGUUAGUGUUAAGAUGGAGGGAAACCUGUGAACACACUGAGGACAAACACAGUAACACACUCCCCUCCUGUCUCUCCGGGGGAGGUGCUGUGUGGGAAAAAGUCAAAUGUUUACAAUAAUAAUAGUAAUGUUUUUUUUUGUUUACUACAUGAUAACUUAAAAUAAAUCAUGACGCUUAACAAGUAGAUUCAGGCAGUUCUCCACAUGCGCUGUAAAUAUCAACACAAAUGUACAAAGUGUGUAGUGUUUUGAGUGGAUAGACACUGCAAAAAAGUCCAGGAGAUGUUUGCAGAGCUGGGUUGGUGGUAAAUUCAGAAAAAGCUGCUUUUUCAGUAGAAAAAAGAAAGUUGAAAAUUGAAUUGUUUUCAUUUGUGCAGACACCAAAUCAGAAACAAGAUCAUCACCUGAUGAGGUGAAAACCAACUUAUAUAUAAAGACAUGCACACACAUUUUCAAAGAGCCAUACAUUAGUCAUCGUUUUUGCUUCAAACUUAAGGAUACAUUUUUGCAUGUGUAGAUUAAAAGGCAAAUUAAAUGCCACCUGUAAGCGACAUUCCUGCAUCUUCGUGUCUGCUCGGUGAAGAGAACCAAUCGGUUUGUCUGUGCGUGUGUAAACAUACGUAUUCCUUAUGUGAUAAACCUGGACCAAGGUCACUGAGUAGAUGCUCAUUGUCACAGCGCCUGUGCCAGGUGAACUAAUCCGAUCAUGUGCACGUGUUCUGACGGACUAAACCUUUAACUGAAGUGACAGCAGCACUUCAGAGCCUGCAUGAAGAGUCAGACAUUACUAAACAGUGUUAGUUUACUCUAUAGGUCUCCUUGUAAAACAUUAUUGUUGGCACAUUAAUCAGUCCACUAAAAUUAAGUUCUCAACAGCACGCAUACAAUGCCUUAAAGAAACAGUUAAAUGAAAAUGUAGUAUUCACAUCGUCCACUAUUGUUUUAAUUGAGCUUUGUUGUGUUCCUUUAUGAAUUUUUUUUGUAUUUAGUCAACACAUUUUGACUCGACUCCUUCUUUUGUCCAGUUCAGUCAGUGAGUGAAAAACCUCAUGGAAAAAAAGUCAUUAUUGUCAGUAUUUUGACAUUUACAUCAAUGUUGAAAGUGACUUUGUUAAAGGCUGUCAGAUUAUGAAUGGAGGCUACAGUUCAUUCAAAUGAACUUUGAGGACUUCAGACUUAAUGGGAUUUGUCAAUAUCACAAUAUGUGUUUUCUAGAUUAGUGGUUAACAAUCAGUGGCCCGUGGGGCAAAACUGACCAUUGGUAAAUAAUAUCUGGCCUUCCAGAUUACUUUAAAAAAACACAUUUUAGAAGGACAUUUGAACACAAAUAUUAUUUUAGAGUUCAGCUUUAUAGAGUUCAUAGGUCAACCCCAAUAAUCUCUCGAUCAAAAUAUUAAAUGUUGGUGCACUGUGACCCGUAAUUUUAAUAUGAUAGUGUUACAUGGUUUGUUUGCUUAAUGUUCUUGGUUGGAGGCUUCAUAGUGACAACUAGAGAGAACAAAACACCCAUACACUGAAUAUUGUACCUAUUUAAAUCGCUAUUUUACUUUACGCUCUUGUAAAAGAUUCUAAAAAGAGCAGCAGGAAAACGUUGCCCCCUGCACAGAUUCAGCCACUCUGAGUUACUGUAACAUUUUCAAAUGAACAACAUUGGCUUCUUUCUGAAUAUGAGAUAACAACUAACAGCACUGAGAGUCCAGGAUCCUUUAUACAGGAAAUGAAUUUAUCAUUUCAUCAUAUACUCUAAGAUAAACUGCCUGUCAUUAGCCACGGUAAUACCUUUUCCUUCACUACAAACAAGUGCUAUACAAGUGGAAACUGUUACUCUUAUUAUACUUGAUAAUAUCUGAAAGGUUCAAUUCGUUCACCUAUAACUGACUAUACUUUGUAUACUUUCUAAACCCAGUUUUGUAUCUUUCCUUACAGAUAAAGUCGAGGUACUUUUUGUGUACUUCUAGACCAUGUUUAAAGCUGUAACAAUUUGUCACACCACUGUUGUACAUUACAUUGAGGCUGAAUUUUAUUGGAUUCGAUUUUGAUAGAUUUCCACAAGAUGUUCACCUGAGAUCUUCUAAAACAGAAAGGGGUAUCAUAGUCCAUCCUCAUUUAAUCAAACUUUUUUUGACAUGAGUUACUAAUGGAGACUAGACCAGAUAGACUGUUUAUUUAUUUACAAGAUUAUUUAUCAAUAUAUAAGCUGGGCCUCAUGCCCUUGAUCUUUUGGAGAUAAGUUCAAGGAGUGUGGUUUUAAUGUGCAAUACAGUGUGUUGUUUAUGGCUUUGGAUUUUAAAGUCCAGCUAAGGUGAUAGUUUACAUAUUUGAACAUGUGUAUGUAUAGUAUGAGGUUCUGACAUAAUCUGUGCUGAAUGCAAAGCACUUGCAACGUAAAGAACAGAUUUAGGUCCUUUAAUAAAAAUAUAUCUUGUAAAAUCUAUGCCAGCUCAGAUCUGUUAUUUAAGGGUAAUUUACUGCUAAAUCUUGCUGUUAGACAGCAUUGUGACACACACAUAGACACACAAAAGAUGCUGUUUAAAUUAUGACAACAAAAUGAAAAGAUGAUCUACAAACACAGGUUUGUGAUGAACAGAAAGAAGGUAAACUUAUUUUAAUAAGUGUUAGACAUUAUGCUGGCAUAGUUUUUUUUUUUUUGUCUUGGUUGCCAUGUGUGUUGUAGUCAUGGCGUGUGCAAGUGUCAGCACUAGUCAGUUCCUGAUUCUAAAAAAAACCUGACUUGUCCCUUUAAUAUGUCCAUUUCUGCUGCAGUGUUUUUUCUUCAUCUUUUCUUCAUCAACAUACAUUUCUUAUCCAGUCCUUCGGAAGGAAGUUAUUAGCAUGUUUACAUGAGGAAACAGUGUGGAACAUUUCCAGUGUGAGGGUCAGUCUCGGGUCAGAACGAAUGUAUUGAAAAUGGUGAUAAAUGCUGUGAAGCGGGUCAGUGUGGCUGUAGCAACAGAGAGUAACUGGCUUAACCACUGAGACCUACAGAGCACACGAGCACACACAACUCUGCUGAACACACGUGUGAACAAUGACUGGGUGAACAAUGAUAGUUUAGAUUGUGAUCCCAGUUGCAGCAUUAGCACGAAGAAACUGUCUACAACAUCUGGACAAUGUUCCUUGUUUCAAUGAACUUCUGUACUAACUUGUCUUUGCUGUUCUGUAGCUAGAUGUGACACCUUUGCCCCAACCUACCCUACCCUGUGUUCCCUGCAGAUGCAUGAUGGCUCCCAGUGUCUGUGUUAGCAGCAUGGUCUACUGUGAUGGACACCUAUAGGCUUUUUUGUCAGACUGAUUUUCCACAUUCCUCAACACAAAAGCUGAUUUGUAAAACAAAAGGAGCAGGCAGCACAACAACACACAUUCACAAUCAACAGACACAAACAAACACGCAAACAUUUACAGUGUCUGCUGUGUGUUUCUUUCGUUUUCUUUUUCCUCGAGAAGCUGUGACAAGAGGGUUUAAUCUGGUGUUCCAAAGUCAUGUCAGUUUGCAUCCUUUUCGUCUGUUUUACAAUAUUUCUGUGUCUGUGUUUGUGCUCUUCCCAACUCCUCUUCUUCUCCAUCUCCCCGUCUCCCAGGUCUUAAUGUCAAUGUGUCUGUGUGAAAGUUUUUCCUGUGAUGAUGAAAAAAAAAAAAAUCUCUGCCUGAAACUUUUCAGGGAAAUAAUGACUGAAGUUACAACAAUAUAAUGUGAUAGAAAUAAACAUUUAUUCAUUGCUGUAAUAAAUUAUUAACUGAAGAUGAUAUUAAAGUUUUUUAAUGAAAUGGAAAAAAAGUAGAAAAAUGUCUUGUUUUUCAGAACAUGGCAUGACGUGUAAUGUGUUAGGAAAAGAAAAGCUAAGGUCUUUAAACAAGUGAAAUCGACCCUAUUUAAAUAUAGUUUAUUUAUUUU